AUGUACAAUCAUAGAAAAAGAAAAAUAGAAGAAAAUUUUAAAACCAAAUUGAUUAACAAAUAUGAAAACAAAGAAUCUAUUUCUAUAGAAACAAGUAGUGGAUAUAAAAUUAAUUUAUCACACAACUUUCCUAUAAAAAAGAGAAAUAGAUAUAGAUAUGAUUAUAAAAAAAAUAGUGAUGAUGAAUAUUAUAUUGUGUCUGAUGGUUCUGAUAAUAUUGAAUAUGAAAUUGAUGAAAAAGAAAUUAAUUUAUUAAAAAAAGAAUCUAAAAAUUUUAUUAAUAAUUGGAAUUGCAAAGAAAAUAAAAUUAAACAAAACAAAGUUAUUGAAAAACCCAAAAAAAAUAGUAACAAUGAAAAAACAAAAAUAGAUGAUA